UCUCUCUCUCUCUCUCUCUCUCUCUCUCUCCUACCUCCCUGCUUGUAAACUGUGGGAGUGAACACCCCAGUGGAUGGGAUGCUGCUGACGCUCAGAGUGGAUGAAAAAAAACUGCUUGUCACUGUCACGUCACGUCACAUCCUGACUGCAGCUAUAAAACGCCCCGAUGCUGCAGCCCCAGAGCCACAGACGCUCUCAGCAGCCGUCUGCGUUCAUCUCUCCCUGCUCUCCUCUCAGUCUCACUGUACUGCUCUCCUGUUCUCUCUCUCUCUCAUCCUCUCUUGUGUCUCUCUCGUCUGAUCUCUUGAUUCUGCGAUGGCUUCUCUCGGCUACGAUCCCUUCUUCCCGGCCAGCCACCGCCGGAGAGUGGAGGUGCGCAGCGGUGGGGGGGGUGGAGGCUACGGGGGCUUGUCUCGCUCCCGCUCCGUCUUCACCUCCUACUCCUCUCCCAUGUCCCGUGCCGCUCCCCACUACUCUCUGGCUGUGUCUCCCAUGGCGACCGACUUGGAGAUGAGCAAGGUGGCGCAGGUGAGCUCGGAGAUGAUGGCGGUGCGCACGGCGGAGAAGACGCAGCUGCAGGACCUGAACGACCGCUUCGCUGGCUUCAUCGAGCGUGUGCACCAUCUAGAGCUGCAGAACCGCGCGCUGGAGUCCGAGCUGCAGGUUCUACGUCAGUGCCACGGGGAACCAUCCGGCCUGCGCUCCAUCUACGAGCAGGAGGUGCGGCAGCUGCGCGCAGCAGUGGAGGAGGCGUGCGGGGAACGGCAGGCCGCGCAGGAGCGCAGGCAUCAGCUGGAAGAGGCGCUGCGUGCCCUGCAGGGCCGCUACGAAGAGGAGGUGCUGGCACGCGAGGACUCGGAGGGCCGGCUGGCGGAGGCACGUAAGGGGGCAGACGAGACAGCCCUGGGCCGGGCCGAGGAGGAGAAGCGUCUGGACACGCUGCUGGACGAGCUGGCCUUCCUCAAGCGGCUCCAUGAGGGGGAGAUCACUGAGCUGCAGGCCCAGAUGCACUACAGCGCGCAGGUCUCCGUGGAGAUGAAGGUGGUGAAACCGGACCUGUCGGUAGCACUGCGGGACAUCCGGACCCAGUACGAGCGCCUGACUCAGCAGAACAUGCAGUCCGCCGAAGAGUGGUACCGCACCAAGGUCGGCUCCAUGGCCGACAGCACGGCUCGCCACUCGGACGACAUCCGCCUGGCCCGAGACGAGGCGGGCGAGUUCAGGCGCCUGCUGAAAGCCCGAGACCUGGAGAUCCAGGCCUGCCAGAGCCUCAACCAGGCGCUGGAGAGACAGCUGCAGGAGGUGGAGGACAAGCAGAGCGACGAGAUCGCCAGCAUGCAGGACUUGAUCGGCCAACUUGAGGACGAGCUGAGGACCAUAAAGAACGAGAUGGCGCACUACCUGAAAGAAUACCAGGACCUGCUGAAUGUCAAGAUGGCUCUGGACAUUGAGAUCGCCGCCUACAGGAAGCUGCUGGAGGGGGAGGAGACACGUUUCAACGUGGGCGGAGUCGGGGGCAUGUCCAGCGUCUUCUCACACACCAUCUCCUCCACCCCGUCCUUUGGGCGCCCCGUCUUCUCUGUGCAGUCCAGCCUGACCUCUGGCACCCCCUAUCUGCUGGGAACGCGCCUCCUCAGCUCCUCCUCCUUCAGCGACGACAUGUUGACCUCCAGCACGGCCCAAAAGGCAAGGGCCAGCCCAGCAAAGGAGGAGGAGGAGGAAGAGGAGGAAGGAGAAAAGGGAGGAGAGGAGGGAGAAAGUGUUGAAGAAGAGAAACAGGAGGGAGAAGUGGAAGAAGAGAAGGAGGAAGGAGAGACGGAAGCAGGCGAAGAGGAAGAGGAGGUAGAGGGAGAAGAGGAGGGAGGAGAGAAGGAGGGAGGAGAGGAGAAAGGUGAAGAGGAGGGAGAAGAGGAGAAAGGUGAAGAGGAGAAAGGAGGGGAC